AUGUCAGGAGUAGAACUCCUGGGCCUCAUUACCGGCAUCAUCACUCUCAUUGACGCGUCGGUCAAGAUUUACAAAGCCGCCGAGGACGCAUCCGGCCUGCCCCCCUCGUUUCGCGACAUUGCGGCGCGCCUCCCCCUCAUCCAAGAGAGCCUCAUGUUGGCUGGCGAAGGUCUCGAGGCUGAUUCCCUGUCCGGCAAGCCCCACGCGGCGCUUAAGCAGGUCCUUGAAUCCUGCAAAGCGAGGGCUGCCUCCCUCCGCGACGUCUUUCAGUCCGUUAUCCCACCAGCCGACGCAUCGCCGGCCAUAAGGCGUCUCAAGGCGCUGAAGAUGAUGGCCAAGGCGUCCAAAGUGGGUGGUCUAGUGGACGGCAUUGCAGGAGACCUACAAGUCCUGACAGCAAAUCACGCCUUCAAGGCAGCCACCCGGACUCAGAUUGCGGCGUUGGCAGCGGACAUCAACAAGAAAGAGGAGGUCAAGCCGGCGCAGGAGGGCCGCGGAGGAGCCCCAAAUAUGUGGGACAAAGGAUCAGGGUUGCAGUAUGUCCAUACAGGGGCAGGCAACCAAAACAUCGCGAGCGACAGAGCAACCCAAGUCAAUGGGACAUUUCAAGGCGGCACUUUCAAUUUCAGCCAGGUUUAA